CCGGUCGGAGCCCGUACACACACUCAUAUACACACUUCUCAUGAGAGGAGCUUCAUUUGCCUUUGCCAGCAAGAGAGCAUUUUUCAUUCAAACAUAAAGGCUUCGUCGUCACCCUGGGGUCUGAUGAUGUUUGACAACUCGCAAUAUCCUUAUAACUGUUUUAACUAUGAUGGUGAUGGAUAUCCCACGUGUGGCACUGAUGAAGAAAAGAAAGUGUGCAGACCGGCUUACAGUUACAUUGCACUAAUAGCAAUGGCAAUACAGCAGAGCCCAGAGAACAAAGUUACCCUAUCGGGAAUCUACGAGUUCAUCAUGAAGAGAUUUCCUUAUUACAGAUCCAACCAGAGGGCUUGGCAAAACUCCAUUCGUCAUAACCUCUCUCUAAACAGCUGCUUUAUAAAGGUGCCCCGCACAGAAGGUAACGAGAAAGGAAAAGGUAAUUACUGGACGUUUGCCACAGGCUGCGAAUCAAUGCUGGACCUCUUCGAAAAUGGCAACUUCCGACGUCGCCGCCGCAGACGCAACUUAAAACUGGGCCUCAAGGAGCCGGCCGAACCCUUUAUUGCCAUGGACACGCAUCAGGGACCCGCAGUGAGAGCCGUGGAUUCAGAUUCUUUCUGCACUAGUCACAGACCGGCCCAGAUCAAUCCGCCCCAUGGCAAACCUGAGCCCGAAAUCAAAUUCAGCAUUGACUACAUUCUCUCCACGCCUGACCCUCUGCCGGGCUUCAGAACCGCUAACAGUGUAGCUGGAGCAGUGAUCCACCAUCUGGAACCACAACAUCUUAAUCUACACUUCUGGACCAUGUAACCAAAACUGUCUGAGAACCUAUAAUACAGGAAUGUUGAAACUGCUUCGAAACAUGAAAAACGAACCUCUUAAAGCUUCAAAAGCAUAGGAAAAACAAACAUUGUAAGAUUUCCCAUAAUGCAAUUUGGCUUGUAAUUAAGCACAUGCAGUGUGUUGUGUGCUGGUGAUGUCAUCAGCUCUUUCAUUGGGGUAAAACUGAUUAACAAGAAUACAAAGCUUUGAUCCGUAAUAUACUGUUUAUCAUAAUUCAUAAUAAGAGUCUUGGGUAUCUGCUAGCUGUGUUUAUCACAUCACCACAAGAUGUUUAAACAGUGUCUUUUAUGCUAAAACAGGUCAUGCUGAUUUUGUCACUACAGUCUUUGCUGGUAAGUGGUCCUGUUUCUCAAUUGGUAGAGUUUUGCAUUAUCAAGCCAGAGGUCAUGGGUUUGACCCCCAGGGAACAAACAUGUAAAAUAAAUGUAUAGAUUAGAUGCACUUUGCUUUGGAUAAAAGUGUCUGCAAAAUGCAUUAAAUAUGUAAAAAACACAGAUGACAGAGGCAGAAUCUGAACUGGGUGCACCAACAUACUGAGAUGAAAUCAAGCAUUAUUGGCAUUUUUAUUGAGAUGUGACUAUUUAGUGCGCACAGAUUUGUGGUUUGUAAAGUGUUUGCAAACAAACGCAUUAACAUGUGAGGUUAAUGUAAUCCGUAUUCCCUGCUCACUGCAGAACUGCUGAAUAACUCUAUUGUUUAUGUAUGUUGUUUAUAAUGUGCAUCAUUGGCCCCUGACAGUCUGUGAUCCGUAUCAAUCACCGAUAUACCGAAAACACGCUCCUCAGGGCAAAAAAACAACAGCAUGCCAGAGCUUAGGCUUUCCCUGUGGGGUUUUCACAUCUUGAUUUCUGAAUCAGCUCAUUUCUUGUUAUUCUAUUGCAUGUUUGAAUUUUGGACAACUAAAAGUGAUUUCAGAAUCAAAGCCAUGCUGCAUAUUUGUUCUUUUUAUUCAUUUGAAUAGUUCUGCUACAAUAAAUGCAACAUCUCAUAGCCCCUGCAUAAUAUUACCGUUUCUAAACCAACCAAAAUCAUUACUUUGGUGACCAAAUUGUUAAAAUGACAUGUUAAGUUAACACUUUACAAUAAGGUUGUAUUUGUUAACAAUUAGUUAAUUAGCUAACAUGACCUAACGUUGAGCAAUACUUCUACAGCAUUUAUUCAUCUUAGUUCAUGUUAAAUUCAGCAUUUACUAAUACAUGAUCAAAAUCAAAUGCUGUAACUGUUAACAAUAGUGUUUAUAUCAACUUUAUUGAUAUAAACUAACAUUAACUAACAACUAACGAUUCUGAAAACCUACAUUGCUCAUUGUAAGUUCAUGUUAGUUAAUGCAUUUACUAAUGUAAAAAAAUGCAACCUUAUUGUAAAGUCUUACCCAUGUUAAUAUAAAAUGCAGCAAAAUAUAGCCAUAACAUUUGUUAAAUUGGUGGAUCAGAAGAAAGCAAU